AACGCAACAAGCCAACAAUCUCAUUCUUCUUCCUCAACUCAGCUCUGCUCGCUUCCCUCGAAAAAACCAGACAAAAAAGAAGCAGAACUCGCCUGCUCGCUGCUCGGGAUUGCGGCGAUUCGAGGCGGAUACCUACAGAGUGAAGGAAGGCGGGCAUGGUGCGACGAUUUGCUCUCACCGCCUGGGCAGAAGAAGGCGGCAGCGGCGAGGGCGGCCUGAGCAGGAACCGGCGAGGGGACAGCGAGCGAGAGCCAACCAGGGGGUUAUUUGAAAAAUAUCCAUCCAAAAGGGGUCCAUUUAGAAAUAUUCGGAUAGCGAUCCGAUCCAGGGGGCUUCCUGCAAAGUUUCCUGUCCGGCGACAUGGCUCUCGACGAGGUCGUGGCGCCGCUGGCUCCGCAGCCAAGCAUCCCGUGCUCGCCCAUGCCAAAUUCAUGGGCCAAGCUGCUGUCACCGGUCUCACACGCAGGCCACAGCAGCCUCCGCCAUAUCCGCCGCAGUUCGGCAGCGGGAGGAGACAGCAGAGGAAGACGCCCUCACCCAAGCUCGCUCGGUUGGCUCCGCUCGCCGUCGCCCCGCGAAAGCCGGCCGCGCACUCGAGGUGUCUCACCUUCAGUCCAUCGUUAAAUCUUUUCAUCCAAUCAGAUUUCACCGUUUCGAGAUGUGUAUCAUGCGGUGGCUGAAAUGACUCUCACUGGAUUUCAAAUGCCAAAAUUUCCACUGCGAGUUUUGCAGUCAGAUUCAGAGUUCAGAAUCAGAACAGUGCCUGCUUGCAUCUGCCUUCUGUUUUCAGUUCAACACUGCAGGCCAUUUUGUCAGUACAACACCAUGCUUCAUGUUUGGUCGCCAAAAGGAGAUGGAGCAAGUUGUCAGAUUCUUGCUGCAAGCAGGCCUUGUGAUGUUACGAAAAUGUGCAUCCUUCCAUUUAUUAGUCCAGGAAGAGCUGGAAUGGGGAUAGUAAUUCAGUUAGUUGUUUGUACUCGAUCGUGUUAACUUUCAGGUUUAUUUACUUGUACAGAAGCCUGAUUCAGUAAUGAUGCUUGCUCACGCCAUCAUCUUCGCCCUUCUUUUCUUUAGGGAUUUGCUGCAUGAAGGUCGUGAGCAUUAGCAGCCUCUGUACAUCACUUUCUCAAGAUGUCCAAUUGCUCAAGCAUUGUUUGAUUUC